GAGUAGCGGGCAUGCGCGAGCCGCUCAGCGCAUGCCCUGUGAGCCCCCGGCUGGUGCUGGUCUGGAGUCGGAAGCCUGGGAGCCCCUGACCCGGGCGAACGGCAGCGAGUGUUUUGACAAGCUACUAUGGAACAGGAUAAAAGAAACUAGGAGAUUUUUUAAUAUCAGUUUUCUCUUUGACCACAGUGAUCCUGUUGUAAUUUGUUUCUAUAUUUCAAGACUUUACUUUCUAAAAGAAUAUGACAGAUACCUAGCAUCUAGCAAAACCAUGGCAGCUGCUUAUCUUGACCCAAACUUGAAUCACGCCCCAAGUUCGAGUACAAAGACACACCUCAGUACUGGGAUGGAGCGUUCUCCUGGGGCAAUGGAGCGAGUAUUAAAAGUCUUUCAUUAUUUUGAAAAUAGUAGUGAGCCAACCACAUGGGCCAGUAUUAUCAGGCAUGGAGAUGCCACUGACGUCAGAGGCAUCAUUCAGAAGAUUGUGGACAGUCACAAAGUAAAGCAUGUGGCCUGUUACGGAUUUCGACUCAGUCAUCUUCGUUCAGAGGAAGUUCACUGGCUACAUUUGGAUAUGGGUGUUUCCAAUGUGAGAGAAAAAUAUGAACUAGCUCACCCACCAGAGGAGUGGAAGUAUGAAUUGAGAAUUCGUUACUUGCCAAAAGGAUUUUUGAACCAGUUUACAGAAGACAAGCCAACUUUGAAUUUCUUUUAUCAGCAGGUGAAAAACGACUAUAUGUUAGAAAUAGCUGAUCAAGUGGACCAGGAAAUUGCUUUGAAGUUGGGUUGCCUUGAAAUACGGAGAUCGUACUGGGAAAUGAGGGGUAAUGCCCUGGAGAAGAAAUCUAACUAUGAAGUAUUAGAAAAGGAUGUUGGUUUAAAGAGAUUUUUCCCUAAGAGUUUGCUGGAAUCUGUCAAGGCCAAAACCCUCAGAAAAUUGAUACAACAAACAUUUCGUCAGUUUGCCAAUCUUAAUAGAGAAGAAAGUAUUCUGAAAUUCUUUGAAAUUCUCUCUCCAGUGUACAGAUUUGAUAAAGAAUGCUUCAAAUGUGCUCUUGGGUCAAGUUGGAUCAUUUCUGUGGAGCUGGCAAUUGGCCCAGAAGAAGGCAUCAGUUACCUUACAGACAAGGGCUCCAAUCCUACACAUCUUGCAGACUUCAAUCAAGUUCAGACCAUUCAGUAUUCAAACAGUGAUGACAAAGACAGAAAAGGAAUGCUGCAACUCAAAAUAUCAGGAGCACCUGAGCCUCUCACAGUGACAGCCCCAUCUUUAACCAUUGCAGAGAAUAUGGCUGACUUAAUAGAUGGAUAUUGCCGACUAGUUAAUGGAGCCACACAGUCUUUUAUCAUUAGACCUCAGAAAGAAGGUGAACGAGCCUUACCAUCAAUACCAAAGCUAGCCAACAAUGAGAAGCAAGGAGUAAGGACACAUACGGUCUCUGUAUCAGGAGUCAGUCACUGUCAUCAUAAAGUUAAGAAAGCCAAGCGCUUUCUUCCUUUGGUCUUCUGUUCCCAUGAGCCUCCGCCCACGGAUGAAAUUAGUGGGGACGAAACAGAUGACUAUGCUGAAAUUAUAGAUGAAGAAGAUACUUAUACAAUGCCCUCAAAAAGCUAUGGAAUAGAUGAAGCCAGGGAUUAUGAGAUACAAAGAGAAAGGAUAGAACUUGGACGCUGUAUUGGAGAAGGCCAGUUUGGAGACGUACAUCAAGGAAUUUACAUGAGUCCAGAGAAUCCAGCAAUGGCAGUUGCAAUUAAAACAUGUAAAAACUGUACCUCUGACAGUGUGAGAGAAAAAUUCCUUCAAGAAGCCUUAACAAUGCGUCAGUUUGAUCACCCACAUAUUGUGAAGUUGAUUGGAGUUAUAACAGAAAACCCUGUCUGGAUAAUCAUGGAACUCUGCACACUAGGAGAGCUGCGAUCAUUUUUGCAAGUGAGAAAAUACAGCUUGGAUUUGGCAUCUUUGAUUCUAUAUGCUUACCAGCUUAGUACAGCCCUUGCCUACCUAGAAAGUAAAAGAUUUGUGCAUAGGGACAUUGCUGCUAGAAAUGUGCUGGUAUCUUCAACUGACUGUGUAAAAUUAGGAGACUUUGGUUUAUCUCGAUAUAUGGAAGAUAGUACUUACUACAAAGCUUCUAAGGGAAAAUUACCUAUUAAAUGGAUGGCUCCAGAGUCAAUCAACUUUAGACGUUUUACCUCAGCUAGUGAUGUGUGGAUGUUUGGUGUGUGCAUGUGGGAAAUUUUGAUGCAUGGUGUAAAGCCUUUUCAAGGAGUGAAGAACAAUGAUGUAAUUGGUCGAAUUGAGAAUGGUGAACGGUUGCCAAUGCCUCCAAAUUGUCCUCCUACCCUCUACAGCCUUAUGACAAAGUGCUGGGCAUAUGAUCCCAGUAGAAGACCCAGGUUUACUGAACUCAAAGCACAGCUCAGUACAAUACUGGAGGAAGAGAAGCUCCAGCAAGAAGAACGAAUGAGAAUGGAAUCAAGAAGGCAAGUCACAGUGUCCUGGGAUUCAGGAGGCUCAGACGAAGCUCCUCCCAAGCCCAGCCGGCCUGGUUACCCUAGCCCAAGAUCCAGUGAAGGUUUUUAUCCUAGUCCACAACAUAUGGUACAAGCCAAUCAUUAUCAGGUCUCUGGUUAUACUGGUUCUCAUGGAAUAACAGCUAUGGCUGGCAGCAUUUAUCCUGGUCAAGCAUCUCUGUUGGACCAAACAGAGUCUUGGAACCACCGACCUCAAGAGGUAUCAAUGUGGCAGCCCAACAUGGAGGACUCUGCCGCAUUGGACAUGAGGGGAUUAGGCCAAGUUCUUCCAGCACAUCUUAUGGAAGAGAGGUUGAUACGACAGCAGCAGGAAAUGGAAGAAGAUCAACGUUGGCUUGAGAAGGAAGAGAGAUUUUUGAAACCUGAUGUGAGGCUUUCUCGAGGCAGCAUUGACCGAGAGGAUGGAAGUCUUCAGGGUCCGACUGGUAACCAGCACAUAUAUCAGCCGGUGGGUAAGCCAGAUCCUGCAGCUCCACCAAAGAAACCACCUCGUCCAGGAGCGCCCAGCCAUCUAGGAAGCCUGGCCAGCCUCAACAGCCCUGUGGAUAGUUAUAAUGAGGGAGUGAAGCUGCAGCCCCAGGAAAUCAGCCCCCCUCCUACUGCCAAUCUGGACCGCUCCAAUGACAAGGUCUAUGAGAAUGUAACUGGCCUGGUGAAAGCUGUCAUAGAAAUGUCCAGCAAGAUCCAGCCUGCACCGCCAGAGGAAUAUGUCCCUAUGGUAAAGGAAGUUGGCUUGGCCCUAAGAACAUUGCUAGCAACAGUGGACGAGACCAUUCCCCUGCUCCCAGCAAGCACUCACAGAGAGAUUGAGAUGGCCCAAAAGCUGUUGAAUUCGGACUUGGGUGAGCUGAUCAACAAGAUGAAACUGGCACAACAAUACGUCAUGACCAGCCUCCAGCAGGAAUACAAAAAGCAAAUGCUAACUGCCGCUCAUGCACUGGCUGUAGAUGCCAAAAACUUACUAGAUGUCAUUGAUCAAGCAAGAUUGAAAAUGCUAGGGCAGACCAGGCCACACUGAGCUUGUCAAGGGAAGUUAUUUAAGAGUCUCACUCUUUUCAAGAUGUCAUUCAGCCUUCCACCAGCAGUGAAGAUGAAUCCUGUGUUCCUUGGGUUGCCACCAAAUCCUGCUCCAGCUGGUAGAAAACUGUUGCUCAUUUCAAGUUUAACCACAGAUUUUUGUUGUUUUUAGUUUUGGGGGUUUUUUAAUCAUGAUGUUCAAACGGUCUGGGAUCCAAAAAUGCAACAUUUUGAGAUUGAAGUUUGUACACAAGAAGCUUGUAAGACUCAUGAAGAACAGUUUCAUUUUUCAUACCAUUCUAGAGGAUGCGUGUGCCCAAUGAGGUCAAGGGAUUAAAAUUUUACAGCUUGAACUGUACGAGCUGCAGAAUGAGAGGGGGAAAAAAAAGUAUUGUCAAGUGGAGAAUUCUGGGAAACCCAAAGGGCUGAGAAUUCUUUUGCCUACAGUACAGAUAUAAUCCAGACUGGAAUUUUUUUAAAAUUGAAAUACUUUAAGUUGCAAUAUGCUAAUCCCAAUUUACACAGAAAGAAAAUCAAAGCUAUAUUUUGAAGACUUCAGUCAUUUCAGAAAAAACUAAAGUUCUUUCCAUCUUUCCUGCCUUUUCCUUUCAUGUGGAUGUGUGAAGCAUUUGGUUGGAAAGUAGCUAUAGAACACAACUGAAAAAACUCUUCUCUUUUUUCACCAGAAUAAUGUGCCAGUUUUUUGUAGCAAUGUUAUUUUCCAUGAAAGCAGAAAUGCUGCUUUGUACCAGAGCACACUAAAAGUGCAUUUGGAAAAGAGGUUCUGUAACCAUCCCUGUUCCCCAUUUUUAUAUAAUUUAUAAAGAAAGAUUAAAGCCAUGUUGAAUAUUUUAAAAGCCGCUGUAGUUAACUAACCUAUCCUUGUGUGUCCUCCUUCGGGGAAAGCACUCCCACAGAGUGGUCAUAUUUUCUUUUGUUUUCAAGUUAUGCCAUCCUUUCUGUUAAAUAAUAAUGAAAAAAAUACACUCCCUUUAGUUUGUUGGGGGAAAUAAAUUAUUCUCAGGAAGAAUAUAAUGAACUGUACAGUUACUUUGACCUAUUAAAAAGGUGUUACCAGUGAA